AUGCAACUUCUGUGCGAUGGAACUAUCAGCGGCUACGGCGUGGUGUACGCUGGUUUCACCAAUGACAGUCACUUCCUCAAGGCCAACUACACCGAGCACCAAUUGGCGCUGCCUGGUGCCAUCCAGUCGUGUCUCUACAUCACUGCUAUGGGUCUUGCCAGUCCAUUGGUAAACUUGCUGGGAUUUCAGUGGGUUGCAUGUGCUGGCGGUUUGUUAGCAGGUCUCGCAAUGACAGUUGCCAGUUUCUUUGACAACAUCACAUGGAUCGUUGUAUUCUAUGGAUUCUUCUCUGGCCUGGGAUUAGGCGCUGUCUGCAUCUGUGCCGUAGUCUCGGUAACGUAUUACUUUGAGAAAUACCGUGGAAUAGCCUCCGGGAUAGCAGCGUCAGGCAACGGCCUUGGGUACAUCUUGGUUCCACUGCUGUUGAAUUUCCUUACUGGCGACCAGGGCGAGGAUGGUGUGUGGAGACACGCGGUCCUCAUCUACUCCCUCGUCGUUGCCGGUGUGAUCUUCACGCUGGCCUUAAUGCUGAGACCAAUUGAAAUUGAGGCUCCGACUCUUCAAGAAAUCCUCGAUAUCGAAGAGAUGCUGAUUGUUUCCUCCCAAACCACACUGCAUCAGUCCUCAAGCAAAGCUCCGAAAACCACGAAAUCUGCACUAGAACCAAUCAAGGAAUCGGAAACCUUAAUUGUUAAGCCAGAAAGAAGCCCUCCAGGCGAGCAGGAGACGGCGUCAACGGAAAUAUUUGCGUCUGCACCAACAAUCUUGGGAGGCCAAUUAUCUCAUGAACAAAGGUUGCAAUUCAGUCGACUGUGGAAUCGACCAACUGUUGGCGAGGGAUCUUUUCCAGCUUCCGAUGGAGAUGUUGAGCAAACCCUUUUGACGAAACCUUCAACGUCAGUUACGAAUGGCGAUAAAAAUGGCCCAUCAAUCCACACGAGCAAUCCUGAUGGUCUGGGACACUUUCGUCUCCAACCGAGCUACCUCCAUUCGAAGGUGUCGACGACCAGUGCAGUCGCGAAGCCACUUUCACGACCAGACGGUUUCUUUCUGUCGAGUCUUAAGAGUCUACGGAACCUCGAUCGUAGCAUCUCUGUCGUUCAAAUGGACGUUAACACACAGCUGCAGUUGCUCGAGAAGCAAGCCACCUUCUCGGAUAUUUGUCCCACCAUUGUCGCAUCCCCGGACGAUGCCAUUCGGAGCUCUGAAUCGCUCGGACCUGUGUCUUCUAAGGGCAUGGACAAGGUCUCCUUCAAGCAGCGACUUGUUCGGAUGCUCGAUUUGAGCCUCUUUUGCAACUACGCAUUCCUCGUGCUAGCAGCUUCGUUCACUUUCUGCCAGCUGGCGUACUUCGUGCCCUUUGUGUACUUCUUCAGUUUUGUGCUGGAAUCGGGUCUUUCGAGGGGCAGUGCAAUGUUGUUGAUAACCAUUCUAGGCAUUCUUCAUACUUUUGGAAGGCUCUUCGGUGGGGCCUCGGCCAAUAUUCCAAAGGUUGAUAUCGUUCUGAUCGCCUCAGCAUCGUGCCUACUCUGUGCCGCCUGCCAUCUUGCUCUGCCCUUCUUGCCCACAUACUUCAGCGUUCUGGCGGUAUAUUCUGCGUCGUUUGGCUUCUUGUGUGGUGUGCCGUGUCCAACACAGCCUCUGCUGUUCGUUCGAUUCCUUGGACUCGGAAGACUGACGAUGGCUUUUGGCUACGCAAGCAUCCUUAAAGGUUUGGCGGCGGCUGUUGGACCAAUCAUUGCUGCCUACGUCAAGGACGCCACUGGAAGUCUCCAUGGCGUGUUCUACUGGUGUGGUGGAUGUUUUGCCAUGUCAGGACUGCUUCUCUUCCUGGUCUAUAUUCCAAUCACCGGCGUGAAAAAUGGCGGCUGUCACAGACGAGCCCGAAAGUCUCACGAUGGGUAG